UAAAUUUGACUCCGAAACAGUUUCUACGGCCCUGGAUGCGCGCGUACAGCCAAGCGUGCACUCCCGUUAUCGAUCAGUCGCGUGUUAGUCCACCGUGACAUGGAGGAUCUCCUGCUGCAGAUCGUCCGAGAAUCGAGCAAUGCAAAAUUACAAAAUUUGCGGAAAUCAGCGCAGGAAGCGUACGACUUCCUGGACAAACAGCAAGGGUUGUUACGCGAUCCACCCCACGAGCUGCGAGCAAAAUGUCUACACGCCUUUCAGCUAGCAUUAGAGACGAAGAGGAGCAAAUUCGUUGCUUUUGGCCUGUCGGGAUUACACAAAAUGUUAAGGGACGACAGAUUCCAGUCGCCGUACGAGCCAGAAGACGAUUCUCUCUGGCUACCCGCACAAAUGUUGCACGCGAUGAGUUCCAUGUUAUCACAAUCGGACGACACUCAGACGGACAUGCUGAAAGUUCUGUUACAAGUCGCCUGCUCUUCUUAUUGGACAAUGAACGGUCGUUUAAUAAUCGCCAUUCUCACUACCUGCUGCGAGGCUUUCGAAAAUGGGAAUCAAGCUGUGAGGACCGCGGCUCAAGCUGCAACCAGUCAAACGUUGAGAUCGUUUUGCUUGUUUCUAGACGAGGAAUGCCAGGAGAUGGACGAGAACGCGAAGAAGAAUAAAAACUUGUGGGAAAGAGGUGUGUCCUGUUUCAACGAAGCUCUACCAAUACUUCAAUAUAUCUGUAGCAAGUUGGACGAGGCUCAAAAAAAAUCUUAUCCCAGCAACGGAAGGAACGGGAACACGGUUGUGUUCCUGUUGGAGUGUCUUCACACUUUAAUCUCGUCCCUGCCGCAGAAAAUACACACGAACGGACAUUUCACCACCUUUCUAUGGCAAAAGUUUUGCCCCGCGUUGAUAGCUUUCCUGGGCACGCCUAGGGUCGACAAGACCUUCACCUCGAGGGAGGGGAAGGAGAACGAGAUCGGGAGAGGAUCCGGAUACUUGGCAACGUCUUUGAGUUUCGACAGCCACCAGGCCAAGACUGUUUACAGUAUCGGGACGGAGUUGGUCCGAUUGGUAGGAUGCGUGGGCCCCCUUCGUCCUGUGCUGGAAUCAGUGUUCCACAGAAUGCUGCUCUAUCCUCCGCCCCAGCAACGUUUAGAACCUCUGAAAGCUUUGAAGGAACUUUUACGAAGCCCGAGUCGAAUGGUGGACUUUGCCGGCCCCUUGCUCGUUGAGGAGGACAAAUCCAGCCACAUUCAGAGCGACAUGGCUCUGAUGAGAUUAGCGAUGGACUCGAUCGAGGAGUCGACGAAUGGCGGUUUGAGCACGUUGCACGCCAGCGUGUCGUGCGUUGUCGCGAUGCUCUCCGCUCUUCAGGAAUUGUGCGAGGGGAAGGCCAUUAAUCACACCUACACCUGCACGAUCAAUAGUUUGUACGAGGAUCUGGAGUCUUGCGACUAUAAAGGUCCCUUGACCUACCAGAGUAUGGCACGGUUGCCGAAAACCUACAGGGAGCAAUUGGAGUUGAUGAAAAAGGGGAUAGGGUCUGACUCGGAUUCGUCGGGUCACGGCCCGUCCGAGGAUGGCGACUCGACGGAUACCGAGGGUCCUCAGAACGAAUCCGACGAGAUUCAAGAGGAGAACAGUUUGGAGGACAACGACUACGCGAUAGAGAACGAGAGGGAGAGAUUGAGGUUGGAGAAGCUGCCAAAGUGUCUUCACGUGGGCCGUCAGGUGGCCGACGAGUGCAACGUGGACAUGGAAAGGCACAACGCGAGAAAAUUCGUGAGGACGUUGAAGAGCGAUCUCAUACCCAUGGUGUUGUUGCUCAGAAGCAACAUAGAGGUCGACGAGGCCCUUCAGAACUUUGCCUCGGAAUAUUGCCAGGGUGUUUUCACAGCCCAGCAGAAGAUGCAGGAACAGACGGACACAAGCACCGACUCGUGCGCCCUUAUCACGAUAAUGAACGCCGAUGGGAUUUAUCUCGCCACUUACGCGGCUCUGCUGCUCAACCUCAAGUUGAUCAGGAUCAAUUAUUAUCACGAGGAUAAUCGUCAAGUUCCUAUCAGCGAGGAGCAAUUCGUAGAGGAGGUACACGGAUCUGGAGUUUUGGUAUACCUUUCGGCGACCUGGUUGUCCGAGCUGUAUCAACAAGUUUUGGCCUGUAAUCUGCUCGAAAAGUGCGGUUACAACCCGCACUACACGGAGAAUAGCGCUCUGAUAAACGUAUUAACCGAUGUCGAUGGGAUUCCUGGGAGUCAGAGAGGCGGGCAGCUUUUGUCCGACUACAUAAGACUGGAGAAAGCUCAGUUGUCUCGAAGCGAGCCAACGCCGGAGGCGGAAGCGGGGGCCAAGUUGUCGAGAAGAGUGUUGACUUGCUGUUGGGGAAGUAUGAUGACAGUUUUGACGACGGGAUUGAAUCCUCCCAAGGAGCAGAAUAACAAGGGGAUUCUUAGCAGAGACGGUGGUAGACGGGGUGUCAGAGAUACCGUGAUCUUGUCCUUGGAAGGUCUUCACAAGGCCGCGAUUCUCAGCAAUAUUCUCGGUUUGCAGAAUCGAUGCGGUUCCAUAUUCGCGUUGCUCGUGAAAGCGGCCUGCACGGAGCAAUCCAUCUCGAAAAUCACGAGAACGAAGGAUGUUCUGCGGUUGAAAUUGCAAAACAGAGCGACCAAUAUUCACACGUCGCACGCGUUGAGCAUGGACGUACUUUUGGGCAAAGGUUUAGAGCUCGGAAGUCACGGUAGCGAUUGCUGGCCUCACGUUUUCACGUGCUGUCUGUACGUGAGCAAAUUGGAACACGACUUCUUCGGGAGAAAUCAAAAUCCAUCGUUGCCCAAGACUCAGCAGAAGAAGGAUAAGAAGGAGAAUUCGAGCGGGGAUCCGAAAGGGAGUCAGGAUAGAUUGAAGCUUAACUUCAACAUAAUCGAGGAAGAGGAGACUUGCGUGGACGUGUACAGUUUCCUAUCCAGUCCGUAUAGCCACAAUUCUAGUACGGACACGAUUCCAGAAAUAAUUCAAGAAUCGAACGCGGACGGUCAAUUCAACGGGAUUCUUCCCGCCGACUACGCGGCGAAGAUCAUCUGCGUUUUAUCCCAACAAGUGGACAGAUUGUUCGAGAACGCGGCGUUGAAAUUAAACCUUAAAGCGUUGUGCUCGUUCCUCACCGCUCUGUGCAAGGCCAGCAAAGCCCAGUUGUUCAAGACCACGGACGGAUCCAAAGACAAUAAGAGAUUCUGGUGGAGAAGGAGUAAGCCGAGAGAGAACGAAAUGAACGUGCUUCUUCUGGCUCGAUUAGGGGAAGUGAUGUUGAAGUGUGUGAAGAGUGGAAGGCCUCUGAUCCAUAUAAUGAGGGUUUGGAGUAUCCUGGGGCCUCACUUCAUGGAGGCAGCUUGCCACAAGGAUCGUGGCAUCUCGAAGAAGGCGGUGCAAUGCAUCCACGACUCGAUGGCGGCUUUGUUGAACGAGCAAAUGGAAUUACCCCACUUCCACUUCAACGAGGCACUGUUCAAACCUUUCGAGAACCUAUUGUGCCUGGAACUUUGCGACAGCGACGUUCAAGAUCAAAUCGUCAGCUGCAUCUGCGAGUUCGUGGAGACGAACAGGACCGAGAUACGAUCCGGGUGGCGGCCUCUGUUCGGCGCGCUACGCGUAGCUUCGGUCGGCAAUUCAGAUUCCGUCGAGUCCGCCCCCCUCCUCGAGGUGUUCAGGGUGUUUCUAUCAACGGACAACACGCUCGUGUUCGCGAACGCGGCGCUAGAUUGCAUCCUGUGCCUGUUGAAGCACGUGCGCGGGAUCGGGGACGCGGACGGCCACCAGGACGAGCAGGAACAGAUCGACGCGAUCGAAUCCCGUAGGAUGAGACUGUGCGUGGAGAGUCUCAAGUAUCUUCUCAGCUGUAGCGACAUCCUCGCCUCCAUGUACGGUAUGCCGGCCUGCCCCAUCUUCCACUCGGCUCAGAGGAUCCAGGUCUCGACCAUACCGCAAUACGUCGAUCCGACCAUACCGAACUCGGAAUUGAUCAGAUUCGACAAACACGCGGAAACGAUGCAGGAGACGAUACCCGAAAGGCCGCACGACGUCUUGAUGGACAACGUGCACGCGAUCACCACUCUGCAAAGCAUGGACAAGCCCAGCGGUAUACUAAGAGUUUGGUACAUCCUGAUCGAGGGUCUGGCGAGCGCCACCAUGAUCUGCCCUAAGCGUUACCAACCUCACACCUUGGAGACCCUGUUCCAUCUGUUGAGGGACACCCUCAAUGUUCCUGGCCCAACCUUUGGAUUGUACUGCGUCAACCAUCUCCUUCUGCCCAUGGUCCAGAAUUGGUUGAGGAGGACGUCCAAGAUAUUCAGGGGAUGGGACAACUUUGCGCCUAAUUUUAAACAGUGCUGCGGCCUCACCACGGAUCUCGUCGUCGAUUACUUGACGCACUUGCAAGGAGCGGACGUGGUUCGAAACGACGCCUAUCUAUCGGCCACCACUCUCAUGUUGAAGCAAUUGUUACUAGUGAUGGCGGAAUGCGUCGUUCAACCCACCGAGAGCAUAGCUCGUCUAGGUUGCGCCUGUAUUAGGCACGUCCUGGUGAGCAGCGGCCCCCUCCUCACCCCGGAACAAUGGGAGGUGUGCGGAGUCGCUUGUUACCGCGCUUGUUCGAAUUCCCUUCAAGAGUUGCACCAGCUGACCAUGGCUUUCUCGCCGAGAUCCGAGUCGUUUUACGGGGACGUUGCACAGGUCAAGGUUGCAGCGAGGCGGGAUGCGACGGUGGAGGAGUCGGAAAGGCUGCGACAACUCGCCGCUCAGGUGAGCCAGCUGCGCGAGGUAUUGUCCGCCAUCAAGAGACAGAAUGCGGCUUCACUGCCGACGACACCUUUCCAGGAUUCGAUGACCAUUGAGACGACACUGAUCGACCAGCACACUACCUCCUACUCCGUUGGUUGUAGGCAGCACACGACACCCCUCGAUUACACUAACACUACGUCGAACACGGGCCCCCAUUGGCUUUAGCCGCCCACGGUGUUCCUCAUGGAGGAACAGCGCACCGAAGACAGUUCGAGACGACCCGACGACAGAUCCUACGUUUUCCUUCUCUACCCACCCUCGGUGGGUACCACGCUCAAUCCCGAUCUUUAUAUCGUUAG